AUGCGCGUUCACGCUUACAUUCUCUUGUCCGGCGCCGCCGCCGCCUACGCCGGCAACACUGCCAACCUUCUGCUGCCUGGCUUCCAGGGCCACGACCUCUUGGCCAGCGCUGUCGCCUCCCAAGGUGAUGCCACCACCUACUUGGUCACCUGCCCUACCACCGUCGCCUCCUCGGCCUGCGGGAUUCCUGGCAGUGGCAUGACCGCUAUCGCGGCGCCUACCUCCGCCCAGCUGGUCAAUGUCUACGACGGCAAGACUGCUUCGCUGUCCUGCAACAUCGCCAGCACUACCUACGCUUCCUGCUCUGCCACGGAGGGCACCGUCACCGUCACGCAGACGCUGGGCCCUAAGGAUCUCAACUGGAUGGACGUGACCCUCACCAGCUCCUCCACUCCUACUCCUACUUCUACUCACACUCACCACACUCACACUUCCACUUCCACCUCCACCGUCACCCCAACCUCCACCCCCUCGUCGAGCUCUAAGUCUUCGACCCGCGUGGCCUCUUCCACUCGCCUGGUGACCUCCACCCCUCUGUCUGCUCCCACCGGUGCCGCUCUUAACCAGGUCACUGCUUCCGGUGCGGGCCCCUCUGCCACUGCCUCCGCUACUCCAAAUGCCAACGGUGCCGCCUCCUUGGCUGGCAAUGUCUGGGUCGUUGGUGGUGCCGCCAUGGCCUUGUUCUACGCUCUCGCUUAA